UGUUGCCCCCGUAAAGGAAUGGCAUCUCCCCAUUCGGCUUAAUCCACAUCUUAUACCUUGCAUGUGGCGCAAUCACAUCUAAUGCAGUGAUGUGUAGUCUGAAUUUGCCAGUCUUGGUGAAUUUCCCGACGCAGGUACCUAACGAAAGGAGGCUCUCGCGGGGCACUGAAGUGGCCAGGUUGGCUAUAGCGAGGCGCACAUAGUACACUCGGGAGCCAUGGAGGCGGAAGACAUGGCGAUCGUCUGCUGAGGGCUCGCCGCCUUCUGUGGUAGAGGAGGGGGGAGGCGCAAUUAGGUUAUUCAGGGAGCGGCCGGUGUAGUUUGCGAGCUUGGAGAAGAGGGUUUUGGUCUCCGUUUCUGUGAGGGCGCGCAUAGCGGUAGGAGUAUUCUCUUGGCAAUACGCACUCUAGAGAUAAUGAAUGGGGGGGAAACAAAAGAAUAAAAGAACGAUUACGUCAAGUCCGUUGUGGAGGAUGCCCUGGAGCUGGAGCUAUGGAGAUCUUUUUCCGCAAAUAAAAUUUCUCUGCUAGCGUGAAGUCUUGGCAUUUCUGCAUCGCAAAUUUAUUUUUUUCUAAGAGCAACAACAUCGUCAUGACCGAAAACUAUUUGCGACGAACACAACUACCCAUGGCACCUGUACAUUCAGUCAAAAGAAGGCGGCUCAGUUCGUCUAAGGAUGGCGACUCUCAUACACAAGCUACGAAUGUCUCCUCUAUGAAGGAUUUUUACAGUCGAGCUGCGGAAUGGGACCUGGAGCAAGACUACGAGCGCCGCCCACGCAAAGCCAGCAAACGAGAGAAAGAGAAAAGUCGUCUCCCGAUUAAGACUGCGGAAGGAGCGAUAGAGCAUGUCGCGGAGCCUACUGUGGACGAUGACUCGGAAAACCCAUUCGAUUCGGACGAAGAUGAUGCGGGUGAACAACCGGAGCCUGAAGUUGUUGAAAAGCCAAAGCCACAUAUACCUGCCAAAGUCCAGAUUUUAGAGGCGAAAGAGGAAUUGGCAAGGAUCGCGGAACUUAUAAAUGAGGAUCCAGAAGAACAUACAGGUUUAUUUAAAAGGUUGGCGGACAUGGUAUUGGAGACCUCGCUCCCUGCAGUGAAAAAGCUGGCAUUGGCUACACAAGUGGCUGUUUAUAGAGAUGUGAUUCCUGGCUAUCGAAUAAGGCCGUUAGGCGAGGAGGACACGACGACCAAGGUAUCAAAGGAUGUACGGAAACUUCGCAAUUUUGAGCAAUCGCUUCUUGCCGGGUAUCAGAAUGCUGUCAAGCUUUUAGCUUCGUUUGCGAAGCCGCAGAGGACUACGAAGGAGGGUGAUGACGCGGAGGGAUUGAAAGCUGUUGCAAUCAAUUGCGCCUGCAGCUUGCUUAUUGCUGUGCCCCAUUUCAAUUUCCGGGGUGAACUACUGAAAAUUCUCAUCUCGCAACUAGGUCGUCGGAAGGUGGAUGAUAACUUUGUGAAAUGUCGGGAGACGAUCGAGAAGCUUUUUUCCAGCGAUGAGGAUGGGAUCGUGUCAAUGGAAGCCGUCAGCCUACUAUCUAAAAUGAUGAAAGCCCGAGACUAUCGUGUUCACGCCAGCGUAUUGGAUACCUUUUUGCACUUACGUCUACUCUCCGAAUUCUCUCUUAAAGGUUCAAAGGAUUCGAUCGAUAAGGAAGGCGACGACGAAACAAUCAAUGGGAAAAAACCGAAGAUGAAGCGUGAAUUUAGGACCAAAAAGGAACGAAAGCUCAUGAAGGAACGAAAUGCAGUCGCGAAAGACAUGAAGGAAGCAGAUGCCCUCGUCAGCCACGAGCAACGGGAUAAGAUGCAAGCAGAAACGUUAAAGCUAGUCUUCGGCACCUAUUUCCGCGUCCUGAAACUCCGCAGCCCCAGCUUAAUGGGUGCAGUGCUCGAAGGACUUGCUAAAUACGCCCACUUAAUCAACCAGGACUUCUUCGGUGACCUCCUCGAAGCUUUGAAAGAACUGAUUGCGCAAGCAGACCCUUCAAACUCUUCAGAAACAGCGGAUGCCUCUAACUCCAAUGACGAAACUGACUUCCCCGAGGAAUCCACCGCAAGAAACACAACCCGCGAGGCUCUACUCUGCUGCAUAACGGCCUUCGCUCUCCUCGAGGGCCAAGAUGCCAGUAAAGCUGCCUCAACCCUCCACCUCGACCUCAGCUACUUCAUGACCCACCUCUAUCAAUCACUAUACCCUCUCUCCUUACACCCAGACAUCGAAUACAACCCCAAUAAACCCUUACACCUCCCCGACCCUUCCACUCCUGCCCCCGAAAACUCCCAAGCCAACAACAGAGUAAACUUCCAAACUCCCACAGUUCUUCUCCUCCGAUGCCUCCAAUCAACCCUAAUCGCUAAAGGAACCAACGCGGCUCCUCCAGUCCGCCUAGCAGGCUUCACGAAACGGCUCAUGACCGCUUCAUUACAGCUGCCGGAGAAGUCAUCGCUGGCUCUGCUGUCGUUAUUGACUCGUGUGGCAAAGCAGCAUGGGCGGAAAAUUGCGCCGUUGUGGAAUACUGAGGAGCGUAAGGGGGAUGGUGUGUUUGAUCCGUUAGCACAGACUGUUGAGGUGAGCAAUGUGUUUGCGGGGAACGUGUGGGAGGGCGAGCUAUUGAGGCUGCACUAUUGUCCGAAGGUUAGGGAGACAGCAAAGGAGAUUGAGAAAGUGGUUGCAUCGGUGAAAUAGUGGAAGUAUAUGGAGGGGGUGGGAGAGAUUUUAGCAAUAGGUAUCAUCAAGUCGUAGCCCUUUUAUUUUCAGUCUCGUUUUUAACAUAAAUAUCACAUCGUCUUCGCAAAGAGAAUUGUUUGCUUUUGAACGUCUUCUCACAUUUCUUUGUUGCAGUGCGUUGCUGAUUGGUCGCAAUUCUAAAUGGAUGUACUAACUUAUUGUCGAACGCCUAAAUAAAGACAAGGAAGGAGACAAAAAUCUUCACAAAUAAACCAGGAGGUGUUGUCCUCGAAACAUCGACUUCUAGAUGAGUAUCAACUUAAUCUUACAAAACAAAUCAAACAACUAAACCAACUCCAUACUCCACAUAAAGCCAUCUGAUUGAAAGAUAUGGGGCUAGGGAAUAACCGGAAAACAACCAAAGGAUUAGGAAGACGAGUGCUCAUCCCGCGAUUUACUUCUGACAUGGUGAGACAAAGACACAGGGGAGAAAAAUGGAACAUUCAUAGACCAGAUCUAACCAUUUCUCAUCAAAUAAAGCAUUGAGGACAUUAACUUGGUGGGCUGCGCAUAUUGUUGUUUCCCUGGGCAUUUACCUGGUGGUACCAAUUCGAAACGCCCGCCCAUGGUUUAUAUGGGUUGUUGAACUCAGGAUUAGCAGCUGGCCAUUGCCCACCUGGAGGGUUGUUGCCAGGAUUUUGGGUUGCUUGGAAAUGGUGAAAGGUUGGCUGGGGCUGUCCCUGGCCCCAUCGGGGUAGAGGUGAUCCAUAAUUGGGGCUAAAAUCACGAUGUGGCAUGCAGUUAUGGCUUGAAGGCCCUGCUCCACCACGCAUGAAGGAAUGGUUGUGCCUCAUGCUAGAUUGACGAGGAGGAAAUCGAUUUUGUUGCCCAGAGGCUUGACCACGAGUAGCAGAUGGACCCGGAGUGCUGGCGGCAGGAUGAAUGUGGGUCUGGUCUUCAUAGCCGCCAUGCAUAUGGGAAUGUGUGUAUGAAUCAGCAGGCGUUAGUUCUUGCAGACCCAUGGGUACUAGCGGUCGCUGUCCGUCAAAGUUUGGCGUCGCAUCUGUGGAGUUGAAAGUCAGUAAAUUUCUUUUGCACGACUCGCUAUAAUGCAUGAAAAAAGACUUUGAGGUACUUACAUUUCCCACCACCGCUGCCCCUAGCGCUGCCACGCCGACUCAUUCCACCACGAUAGCGUUUCCAUAAGCCCCUUUUCUGAUUUGGUGGUGGACCACUCCAACCACUGGUUCGUUGAUGACCUUGGUCCCAUGAGGCAGUUGAAGGGUUCGUCUGGGAGCGUCCCCUUCCAGUUGGGUUUCCAAAAUUCUCCUUACCAACAUCGCACCCCAUACUUUUCCCUCUGGUGUGUGUUGUUGACGGCCCAGAAAAGCACUUAUCAGAAAGGAUUGUAUGAGUUGAAGUCGGUGUACAAACAGAAGCAUCGUUAGCCUCUUGUUCCACAGCAUCAGACCACUUGAGGUCGUGACCUUCACUAGCUUUUGAAUUUCUGGAGCCAAUAUUUGCUGUACUGUCACUGAUCUUCGCCACUGUAACAGCAACAGAUUCCAUUGCCUCACUAAGCUCCCCCACAGCCUGGGUGAUAUGACUGUUGAUGGUUUCUUCGUAAGCUGCCAGGUUUCUAACUCUCGCAUCCUUCUCCAGCUGCAGCUCCUCUGAGAAUUUUUUCAAUUGAGUGUUGGUAUCUUCAAGUUGCUUGUUGAUUCUCAUUUGCUCGAUUUUAAUGUCUGCCACGCUGUCGGUGAGGUCCUUGAGCUGCGAAAGUAUUUCAUUUUGAGGAGCUUCUCCUGACAAGAUCUGUGGAACCAUUUUGGGAAAGUCAAUUGUAGGCUCUAGCUCCAACACGUUGGAGUUUUGGUCGGGAGAGGUCUUUGGCCCCAUGCAGUGAUCUUGGUGUGAGCUAAUGGAAGGUGGGACAAACAAAGGCACCCUCUGACCUCUUGAUAUAUCACGCUUGGCUGAUCUCCUGCGGGGGUUUCUUCCACCUCUGGCUCUGAUGAUGCUUCUGCCACGGGAGAAGAAAGAACUUUGAGAGCUGGCUCCCUGGGACAGUGAACGUUGUCUAAACUCCAUUGGCGUGGGUGGGCGAGGGGGUAGCUGGAGUGACGAAAGCUGAAGGUUUUGGCCGGGCAACGAGACCUCAGUGUUGUAUUCACUUAGACUUCGCUUAGGAGUCACUAUGCUGCUACACUCCUCAACAUCUCCAAUUUCGAUUGACCCCUGAAUACUGGAAACUUUCCUCUCAGGUACAAUUACUUUGCCACUGCCUCUCGUGCCGCAUGUUCCUUUGCUGGUAAGGCUUAAGUCAGGGGAUCCUAGGAUAAUUCCCUCUAAUUUAGGAAUGGUCUGGCAAUAAUCUUCUUGACGGGUUUCCGCUGACCCUACACUAGACGCACAAGAAGAAUUUUGCCGAGCGGCGGCGCGAUUCCGGCCGAAACUAAUUUCAUCAUCUCGGAGCCUGGGCGUGGAGCUCACCUUUCUCACCGCUCGAAAGGGUUGCCAUGUCACCUCAGACAAGGAGGAACCUCUAGGCAGAAGCGGCGCUGAGUCGGGUCCUCUGUCUGUGGCUUCCUUCUCCUUGGGGUAAUAUAAUUUGGGCUCUUCAGCCGCUUCCAAGGUACCCCCUCCUGGUAUAACGCCUAGUGGGCUUCUUCCUGGUGGUGAUGGUGAUGGUGGCGUGGGCUCAGCAUUUCCAAGAUUGCUCGCCGGCGAAUACGCGCAUGGUUGGGGAAAUUUGGCCGCCGUUCCAUGCUUCGAGCCAGCAACAUCGCCUCUCUGGGUCUUACUCUGUCCCUGUUUCGACUUCGAAAUAGAGCCUCUCUUAAAUCGUGGGGCCAUCGUUGGGCGGCUGGUCGUUCCUAGCGGCUCUUGUAUAGUGAUUCAAAUUUGGUGCGGUUGUUGAUCCGCCAUUCAAAGUCUGACACCGAAAAGGACGUAUGGGCCCACGAAUUAUUCUGCCUAAGAAACAGUAUGGUGUGGUGGGAUAUGGGUAUUGUGUAGGCGUUUAAGAGUGCAGUUGGAGAAGAUAAGCCACGCAGAGAUGUAUAGGGAACUGCAAAUGGUAAAUCAAGUGUCAAUAUGCAUGGUAGUUAAAUGAAAGAGGGUUCUGACAGCUUAGGAGGGUAGCCAAAUGUCUCAAAGCUGAGGGUCAGGGUCCAAUAAAGAGAGGGGAUGUGGCUGAAUGUGAUGUCUGCUUCCAUUUAUGAUGUUGAUUGCUUUGCGGAGGGGAUGUAUAGAUUUGGGUGGAAGUUCAAUGCAGAGAUAGAAGCUCAGGGGGAAGCAUAUCAAGAGGAGAAAAGCACUCACAAGUUAUGAAAGGUCUUCAAUAUUAACAGCUUGUGAUGGUCCUUAUGUUCAGGAUGUUAUUCUUAAUCUGAGUCUGUGAUCUGAGAUAGUAGUAAGCCAAUUUAUUUUAACCAGAGCUAUAAUAUGUCAAAGGAUGAAGUUAUUUGUGAAAGCAAGCUCAGGGAUGAUAGGGGUAAGAGAAAAUGAUCUGUG